GGAUAUUGGUUGUUGACUGGGAUGUCUCAAAAUUAGUUGUUGCGUUACAUGUUUUGGUGCAGAAGUUUUGUCUGUCCGGGAAGAAGGGUUUUGACUUUUGUAAAUAGAAGUCUCUUUGUUCAGUGUUCUCCGCUAUGUGGAAGUUUCAAUCGACGGUCCGAGAACCUAUGGAUUUGCAGAAUUCUUAGUAAAUUGUCACCAAGUGACAAAAUGCUCCUGUAUCAAGAAUUAUCCAAGUGCAUCACAGAGAAACCGGACUCCUCAGUGAGUACACAACAAGUUGAGAUAGCCCAUUUGACAUAUGCGCAGCUUAAGUGCAUUUUUAUAGGUAACUGUCUCCCGUUCAUAGGAUUUGGUUUCCUGGAUAAUGCAAUUAUGAUAGUGGCUGGAGAGUAUAUUGACGUGCAAUUCGCAACAUUCUUGGGCAUUUCGACAAUGGCUGGUACCUAUAUUUCUGAUAAUUUUCAUGUUUCUAGCUGCCGGUCUAGGAAAUCUUGUUUCCGAUCUUUUUGGCAUAGGGUGAGUUUGUAAUCACAUCUGAUUUGGAUGCGUCCCUGAACUCAGCUUUCAGUAUGCAUUCAGUAUCUGGGUUCAUUUAACUCGUAAAUUAGUUUUGUAAUUAGUGAAAAUUUUGACUUUCCUCCCUCUAAACCAGUAAAAAUAUCCCUUUGUUUUAAGCACUAAAAGUUUGGCUACGAUUCAAUGAAACAGAUCGAUUGCAACCAAUCUGAGUUGUUUUAAAAUGUUAGAAUGAGUUUAUUGUGCUAGUUUUUUUUGUUUGGCUAGAAACACACCGCGUUGUAUUUUCUCAACUCAAGCUACGGACGGCUGUAAUCCGCCUUCAUGUUUCGUAUCUGAACAUUGUCAGUCAUUUAUGCUGGAGAUAGUUCAGGUAAUUCGAGGACACAAGUAUCUUGCUGAAUUUAAAUAAAAAACUAGUAUCUGUUAUCUUGAGCAUUUCUCCUUUUAAAACCACCGAAUUUAUUUUCACGAAUGGGUCUUGUAAGUCUCAAGUUAUUGCUGAAAAAUCAACGUGCCUAGAAAAAUGAUGAGUUCGACUUCAAAGUUGAUCGUUAACUUAAGUAUUUUUAUAGUUUUCAGACACUUUUGAUGCAUUUAUCUCCCCUUAGCAAUGUGUCACUAACCUAGUGUUAUCAUACUGUUAUGUGUUGUACAAUUUCUUAGGAUACAUGUUAUUAUAUCAAUUUGCAAGAAAUAUAAAAUCUCGGUGUUAAGACUGCUAGCCCUUAACUAACGCGUCUAACUACUAAUGCAUCUUAAGGCUUUUCUGGGAUUGUGAAUAAAGGACAGGGGCCUGUAAACCUAAAAAAGUCUUGACUUAUUCACACGAAUCAGUCAUGUCAAUUGAGUUUCACCGAUCAGAUGAACUAAUUAAACCUAAAUGUGGUGGUUAAUUCCAACCCUGUAAACAAAUAUGGUUUGUGAUAGGUGGUUUUAAGAGCCUAUUUAUAACUCACAUUUUAACUCGUCUGUUGAAUAUCAAAAAUAACUUUUCGAUUUAUUAUAUUGUAGAUAAAUACGUAUUUUCAUUAAAUUAUUGGCAGCUAAAAUUCAGUGGAUGUUACUACUGGUAAACAUUUCAAUUGGAUGAUAUCUGAACUGUUUUUAUAAUUUAUAAGGGCUUUUACCGUAAUUUGCUUAUGUAGUAUAUUUCUAAAGUAUGGGUGUAUUUUAGUCCUCUCCAAAAUCAUCACAGCUAGGCUGUUUCUUUUUAGAUGUAGCAACAAAACACCAGUCAUUUAUAAACUUAUUAUAUUAUUUGUGAGUCUAGUUUAGACCCAUUUAAUCCAAUAACAUUUGAGUAAAAGAGGAAAAUGUUUCCACUAUUAUAUUAGGCUCGUCGGCUACGUUGAAAAGUUCAUGGAAAAAAUUGGCAUUUCUGUUCCCCCAUUGUCUGCAUCCCAACUAGCCAGCAGUUCAGUUCGUUGGUCUAUAGCAAUAGUAAGUUAGUUCUAAUUACUGCAUUCAGGUAUAUCAUGUUUUUCAAGCGUCGUUCUCAAAGUUGCUUAUAAACAUGCCAGUUAAAAUCAAUACAUUUGUUGAGUGCAAACUUAUACCACAGUGUUUACAACACUGAACCUUCAAUUAUUAAGUUUCGGGCUCAUGCCUUACAAUACCUGUUUUGUUUUGAGCUACUUGGUAUUAUUAUUAACCCUUUCAAACCAGUUUCGCCCGAAUCCUGCAUCUUUAUUUGGUCACUAGGUUGCAUUUAGUGUUAGUUGUUUGAAUAAAAUAUCAGGAAAUCCGGAAAUAACUUCAACAGACCCCCACACAGACUCAGAGUUAUUAUCAUAUCCUAAGUCCAACGUAAAACUCCGCCUGUAGCUCUUCUAGAGUUACUGCCGGUCCCGAGCCCGGGUAAAGGAGGAGGGUUGGUAAUGGCGUUAGCGAACCCAUCCAGUAGAAAACUAACUCGCUAAAAAACGCUAAGCAGAAAAAAAUAAUUCAAACCACUUAAACUCUGCCCUGGGAGUUAGAAGGUUGUCAUUUAGAACUAGGACGCCUCAUGGUGAAAGCCGACUUCCUUCGGAAACCACGAAGCCGAUGUCCUCUCUAACAACCAGAGCAACAAAUUUUAUAGGUACAUGGAACGUCCGAACAAUGUGGGAGACCGGGAAGACCAGUGAAAUAGCAACGGGAAUGAGGAGGUACAACUUGGCAGUACUGGGAAUCAGCAAAACCCAUUGGACCCGAGCUGGACAACAAAGGCUAAAUACGGGAGAGAUGCUGCUUUACUCCGGUCCCGAAGAGGAAAGUGCUCCCCACACUCAGGGAGUCGCUCUAAUGCUGUCCAAAUUAGCACGAAAUGCACUUGUAGGAUGGAAAUCUCACGGAUCCAGAAUCAUCAAAGCAGCAUUCAAAUCAAAGACGGAGGAAAUUACAAUGGAUGUUAUCCAGUGUUAUGCACCCACCAAUGAUAGCAACGACGACAUUAAAGAUCAGUUCCACGAUAGGUUGCAAUAAAUCACAGCGAAGUGGCCAAGAAAGGACCUUACCAUUCUGAUGGAAGAUCUAAACGCUAAAGUCGCAAUAGACAACGUCGGAUAUGAAAAUAUCAUGGGACGACAUGGACUGGGACAGAGAAACGAAAAUGUAAAAAGAUUUGCAAAUCUGUGUGCAUUCAACAAAUUGGUCAUAAGCGGCACAAUAUUUCUCACCGGACCACACCACAGAGAACCAGAUAGAUCAUAUUUGCAUCAACAAAAAAUUCCGAAGGACAAUGGAAGAUGUUAGAACCAGGAGAGGAGCUGACAUAGCUUCAGAUCACCACCUAGUUAUAGCCAAUUAAAAACUGAAGCUAAAAAAGAACUGGACAACUGGACAAAUAGCAAUACAAAUGUUCAAUACAGCCUUCCUUCGAGAUACUGACAGACUCAAUGAAUUCAAGAUAGCUCUCAACAACAGGUCCCAAGCCUUACAGGAUCUACUGAAGGAAGAAGAAACUACUACGGAGGACAACUGGAAAGGUAUCAAAGAAGCAUUAACUUCAACGUGUCAAGAGGUUUUGGGCCUCAACAAGCAUCAUCAUAAGGAGUGGAUCUCCAUAGAAACAUUGGACAAGAUCAAAGAAAGGAAGAACAAGAAGACAGAAAUUAACAACAGCCGAACACGAGCAGAGAAAGUCGAGGCACAAACUGAGUACAUAGAAGCAAACAAGCAAGUGAAGAAGAGCAUUAAAGCCGAAAAGCAGAAAUACGUGGAAGAACUAGCAAUGACGGCAGAAAAAGCUGCAAGAGAAGGAAAUAUGAAACAGCUGUAUGAUACAACGAAGAAACUAGCAGGGAGAUAUAGUAAACCAGAGAGACCGGUCAAGGACAAAGAAGGCGGGCCAAUCACUGAAAUUCAACAACAGCGGAACAGAUGGGUAGAGUACUCCGAGGAAUUCCUGAAUAUGCCGGCUCCAAUGAAUCCACCGGACAUCGAAGCAGCACACACAGAUCUCCCUACAGACGUCAACCCACCAACGAAGGAAGAAAUCAGAAUGGCCGUCAGACAAAUCAAGAACGGGAAAGUAGCGGGACCCGACAACAUACCAGCUGAAGUCAGACAUUGAAGUAACUACAAACAUGCUUCACCUUCUAUUCAAAAAGAUUUGGGAGGAGGAUUAAGUGACGAUGGACUGGAAAGAAGGGCACCUCGUCAAGAUUCCAAAGAAAGGAGAUCUGAGCAAAUGUGAAAACUACAGAGGCAUUACACUACUGUCAAUACCAGGGAAGGUCUUUAACAGAGUGUUGCUGAACCGGAUGAAAGAUGCAGUAGACGCCCAACUUCGAGAUCAACAAGCUGGAUUCCGUAAGGAUCGAUCGUGCACAGACCAAAUUGCAACACUACGGAUCAUCGUCGAACAAUCAGUUGAGUGAAACUCGUCACUAUACAUCAACUUCAUUGACUAUGAAAAGGCAUUUGACAGUGUAGAUAGGAGGACGUUAUGGAAACUUGUUCGACACUACGGAGUUCCUGAGAAGAUUGUCAAUAUUAUCCGGAACUCAUACGACGGACUACAAUGCAUGGAGGACAGCUGCGAGAUGCAUUCCAAGUGAGGACUGGAGUCAGACAAGGGUGUUUACUCUCUCCCCUCCUCUUUCUUCUGGUGGUCAACUGGAUUAUGAGGACCUCGACAUCUGAAGGUAAACACGGUGUACAAUGGACAGCUCAGAAUCAAUUAGACGAUUUGGACUUCGCAGAUGACCUAGCCCUCCUAUCACAUACACAUGAACAAAUGCAGAUAAAGACAACCAGUGUAGCAGCACUCUCUGCAUCAGUAGGCCUCAGCAUACACAAAGGGAAAACCUAGGUCCUCAAAUUCAAAGCGGAGAACAGCAAUCCAAUCACUCUUGAUGGCGAAGCUCUGGAAGAUGUAGAAUCCUCCACAUAUCUGGGAAGCAUCAUCGAUGAACAAGGAGGUUCAGAUGCAGAAGUAAAGGCAAGGAUUGGCAAAGCAAGGGUCGCGUUCCUAAAAUUGAAGAACGUAUGGAACUCAAAACAACUUUCAACCAAUAUCAAAGUGAGAAUCUUCAAUACGAAUGUCAAGGCAGUUCUACUGUAUGGAGCUGAAACUUGGAGAACUACAACAACCACCAUCAAGAAGGUACAAGUAUUUAUAAAUAGCUGUCUACGCAGGAUACUCAAUGUCCGUUGUUGGACGGAUACCAUCAGCAACAGCCUUCUGUGGGAGAGAACAAACCAACUUCCAUCUGAAGAGGAAAUUAGGAAAAGACGAUGGAAAUGGAUAGGACACGCAUUGAGGAAAUUAUCAAACUGCACCACGAGUCAAGUCGUAACUUGGAAUCCUGAAGGGAAGCUGAAAAGAGGAAGGCCAAAGAACAGAUAUGAAAAGGAUGAAUAACAACUAGAAAGAGCUGGAAAUGAUUGCCCAGGACAGGGUUGGAUGGCGAGUGCUGGUUGGCGGCCUAUGCUCCUUCACGAGGAGUAACAGGCGUAAGUAAGUAACUCCAACGUAACUGCCACAUUCGUUGAUUCAUGUUUUGUGAUGACUUCCUACUCCACCUUUUAUUCAUUUGGAAAUCGCCGGUCACAAAAGCGCGGUACUCUAUCCAACCGUAAAGAAUACUUAUUUAUUAUGUAACUCUGACAACUUUAAUUCACACAUUAUGAACACCUAAUCCAUCAAUCUUUUUCAUUCGUUUUCCGUAAAGUUUGCACUGUACAGUCGUAAUUAUUAGAAGCUUUGAUUGAUUUUGCGUCCGUGAGGAUCGUUUUCACCAUGAAAUUUACCCUGACUGUUCUUAAGUCACGCGCACCAUCUGAGCUUACUGUCCUGAGCUUUAACGCAAAUCCUAAAACAGGUGUAUUUAGGACAUUAAAACGUCUACCUGUCUUUACACGUUAUCUUAAAUUUCUACCAAAUGUAGUAAAUUGGUUGCUUUAACAAUGUUGACUAUAGUUAAAUGGUAUAGGCUAAUCAUCCAAGACCACUAAGCAAAGCCAAGAAUUUUCUUCGUAUAGUACUCAUAGGCUUUCUCUGGAAUGUAGCUUAAACCAAGGAAUUUUGUAGGGAUUUAUAUGUUCCUAGGCUAUCAGCUAAAAGACGAAUCCUUUUUGCCAAAAACUGGAUUGAAUUAGAUUAUCAUGGUCCCUUCGUCAUAGCAAUGAAUUGGUUGGUCGGGUAUUCUUACAUUAUGUAUUUCACCUCAGUGAGAAAAAUGGUCGAAUUGGUAAGCACUCUUAAGUCCAAUAGAAAAACCAUGAAAGUUAUGAACAGGAGAUUUCGUUUUUCGAUUGUUUCAUGGGAAGCUUGUUGAAAAAGGGAUUUUAUGAACAAAAUAUGAAAAUUCGUGUCAAUUACACAUCUUGGCUUCAAGGGUUCGGAUCGAUUACAGUGAGUUAGAUGCAUCCAUUUCCCGUCAUCUAGAUCUUGGAAUGUAACAUUAUUCUUCAGAUUCUUUCUUUUUCGAAAUAUGUCAUGAACACCAAUACUACUUUUACUCCGCUAUACAUCUUGUUAAUUUCCACAAGCUGUGCAUGUGUGUCAUGGAGAUUUAGUUCAGUGUACACUACUUCCUGCUCUUAUGUUGUUUAUGACCAUAUAUGGUAAUCAGGUUUUAGAUCCCACAAGCGGUAAAACUUGGUUAAACCAGUGAUUUCUGAUCGUAUUACAGGUCCAAGUUUCUAAUGAAGUGUAGUGUCUUUUUCUUUUAGUGGAUAAUUCCUCUUGUUUUGACUGUUAGCAUGUGUCAGUACUGCAACCGAUGUGCUAAAUUUCCAGCAUUAUAAGUAAUCUUGCGGUGGUAAAAUACUUCAAAUUGUUUUAAGCUUGUGUUAUUUGUAAUUGGAAUUAAGACUGAUUAUUAACACUCAUAAAGCAUAUUCCUUUAUUUUUAGGGACGGAUCGUCGGCAUUACUACUGGUUGUCUUCUAGGUUUAUUGCCUCUUGUUUUGUUCAGUUGGUGAAAGCUAAAAAGAUUAACCAAGGGUUCAGUCCAACUUUCCGGGUUCUUUACCUCUACAAUAGCAGUGUUUUUAAUUAACCAGAUGUAUCUUGAUUUCUUCCUUAGCAUAAAUCUACAGAACUUUAUAAGUCGUGACAGUGAAUUUGUAACUCUAGUGCAAACGCUUUGCAAAAGUAUAUUUUCAUACUAACCAGCCAUUUAAAACAGCAUCACAGCUCUGCAGAACGAUUUUUCGUUUCAAAAUUAACGUAAUACCGAACAUCUGAUUUCGUAUAAUUUUUUAUCCCGUUAUCUGGAUCGAUUUUUUACUGAUCUAAUCAUAUUACAAGUAUGCAGAUAAUAUUUCCAAACUGCUGAACUGUUUAAAAUAAGUCUCAUAUCAUAAAUGCCUUUGAAGACACUUGAGCGCCAAUCUCAACUAUACCGUGUGGUAAAUAUGAUUCUCUAAAUGUAUUAGGAUUACAUAAUUAAUAUCCUAAUAAUCCUUCAUUCUUAGUUUAUAAUUUACUACUUUAUUUUUAAUUUCUAUGUAAAAUACCUAGCUUUCAUCAAAAUAAAUGUAUUUUUACUAAACUCCCAGCGUUAAGAAAAUGCUUUGUCGACUUGUUUAUGUACAGUGACCAAGGUACCUGGUCCUUAACAACUCCCUGAGAGUAUAAGAUUUAAAUUUCGUG